AUGGCAAUUGAAAAUAUUUAUUUCCGUUAUCCAAUGAUGGGCGAGGCCUUACAUAGACACAAUUUUGCAGGUUUUGAUUCACUUACAAGAUUCCCAACAUCAUUAUUUCCAUCCAACUAUUUUUACAUGGCCUUUUGCAUAAUUGUCCUCUUAUAUACUGUUCACAAGCGUGAAAAAAAGUUGACUCGCUCAGCCAGUCACUUUAUGGAAAUCCUCUCCCUCACACCAGCCAUCACCAUAUUGGAAAUCAACUUCCACAAGCGUAUUGUAAAAAGCACCAACCCACUUUCAUCCAACAACAACAAUAACAAGUCUGACUUGCAAAGCAACGAAGGUUUUAUUUUUAUCGAAGAGUUUUGUCAAUCGCACGAAAUCGACCCAGUCGUCCUCCAUAAUAUGAUCGCCUCUUCCAUGAAUCCAUUUACUCCAAGCGACAUUCAAAUCAAGUGCAAGAACUCCUCUUCCAACUACCGUCUCUCGGGAAAAUACCGUCUCAAUAACAAGAUUGAAAAGUUUUGUAACAAGUCUUCAUCUGACCUUUGUUCCAUCUUUUUUAUCGACCUCAAUCACUUUAAGCAAAUCAAUGAUACCUAUGGACACGACAAUGGAGAUGUUGUCCUCAAAUCAGUAGCCAAUCGUUUCCAACAACUUGCCGAUGAGUCUGUCCUUCCAGUCAGACUUUCUGGCGAUGAGUUCCUCAUUGUCAAGCGCAACGUUGAAUCGACCGAACAUGCCAACCAAUUUAUCGAUGGCUUUUUAUCAAGUGUAUCUUCCGACUGUAUCAACCUCACCAACGAAACAAACAUCAAGGUAUCUCUAUCCUUUGGUGGUGUUGUAUUUACCAAAUCUCAAUCUACUUCAACCGAGAAGUUGAUCAAAUGUGCCGAUGAAAGAAUGUAUCAAAUGAAAAAAAACCUUUUACCAAAAGAACAAGUAACUGUAAAUUUCACCGAUCUCUAA